UAAUGUCAUUUACACUAUUACACUGGUCCGCUUUUCUGUCAAAAGCUCUAAGGCGAUUUCGAGCGAUUCUCAUUCACAGUCGAUUUCACUUAUUGUUUUGCCCGUAUUACAUCUAUUGUUGUUAGAUUAUCACUGUUUCGAUCAUGGGCAAGGCUUCGGCGAAUGUCUUAUUUGAUCCUGUACACAACAGUUGUUGUGAUCUAGACGUUGAGAAAAAUCCCGAAUUGAAGAAUUUCAGUAGUAUCUUGGAUUUCAUGGACCGUAUUCCAAUUAAGAAAGCACUUACGGAUCAAAGGCCGAUCUAUAGAUCUCACUUAAGUCGUUUCUGGAAAAAUGCCACAUAUGACGAACAAAGCAAAGUAAUUUCUUCUGUGGUUGAAGUUCAUGGAAAGCUGGAAACAAUUUUGGUGACUGAAGCUCUAGUACGCGAAGUGAUCAACUUUCCCGAUGAAGCUGAUUACCCAACACGGUUUCCCGAAAGGAUGGUGAAAGGGUGUAUGCUGAGGAUGGGGUACAGAGGAGCGUUAAAUACCGGAAAUUAUCUAAAGUCGAAGUUCCAGAAGUCGUUCAAGUUUCUCAUUCACUGCAUUCUGAUUUCCUUAAGUCAUACGAAAGGAAGUUACGACCAAAUGAGAGACUAUCAGAUGAACAUGGUGACUACUUUGGUAUUGAACAAAAAGUAUAACUUCUCUCACAUAGUUUUUCACUAUAUGGCAGAGAACAUUACUACCAAAGUCAGGGCGUGGAAGUAUCCAAGGUUUGUACAAAUGUUGAUAGAUCACGCAUAUCCAGAGAUUGAUAGGAAUAUCAAAGAUGAUCUGUUGGUGCAAGCUCACAUGUCUAACAACACACUGAAGCAGUUAGUAAAGUAUCAUCCAAAUCAUCCAGAGCCAGAUCUUGUCAUUGAAUCUUUUGGCUUCAUCAAAGACGUCAAGUAUGUUGAUCCUGAUCCAGUAGAUCAUCAAAACUGGAGGAAUCAGGAAGAAAUGAAAGAGGCAUUUUACGCUGAUGAGUUGAAGAUUCUCGAGAAUUUCAAAACCACAAAGAAUGAAUGGUACGUGAAAGAAUCUGGAAGGAGACGUAGAUUGGCGACUCCUACAGCAGAACAGGGUGAAGGAUCGUCGUCUAAACCAAAGAAGAAACAAAAGAAAAAGGCUCAAACUAUGUUGGUAGAUGAGCCUGAAGAUGAUAUUCCUAUUGUUGAUGUUGAAAAGGAACAAGAGGUGACUGCUGGAGAAGAUCUCUUGUUUGAUGCAGAUGUGCUUGAAACAGGGCCAGAUUUUGUUGCAAAUGUUGUACAAUCUGUAACUGCUGAAAUCCAGAAAGAGAAAGAAAAGAUAGUGGAUGAUUUUGAAGGUGAUGAUGUGGACAAAGACACAACUAGUUCAUCAAGUUCAUCAGAUGACAAAGUUGUUGAUGAGAAUGAACGUCAGAGAAGGAUGAAGGAAGAGAUCGAAAAAGAAAAGUUGCUCAGGAAAAGAAAGAGGCUAGAAAAGGAUGAUGACGCUCCUUAUGUUCCUUCACCAGAGCAUGCUACUGAAUCACAAUCAACUCCAAAAGUUAGAAAGAAAGCUGCUGGUCGUAAGAGAGCAACUCCAAAGGUUAGAGUGUCAAAAAGACCUCAGAAGAUUGUGCAAAAGCCUCCUACACCUCCACAUGAACCAACACCACCACAAUCGCCUAUUCACCAAUCACCACCAAGACAACCUACCCAUCCACAACAAUCAUCACCACCCAGAUUACCAACACCUCCAAGACAACCAUCACCUAUUUCUCAAUCAACACCACCACAACAAACAUUUGUCACUUCACAAGACCUAUUCGGUACACCUCCACUCUCUCAAAUGCAACCGGGUUCUUCUAGCAGAGGUCUUCAGACUCCACAAGAUAAUCUAUUGGAAAUUGGUGAUUUCGGCUUUGCAAAUAAUGAUCAAGUGUUGAAGUUGGAGAAGAGAAUGGACGAUGUGAUUGCUGAAAACAAGAAGUUGGCAGCUGAGAAUAAGAAAGUAGCUGAUAGAGAAAAACUUCUUGCGGCCCGUGUGCAGAAGUUAGAAAGUGAAAAUAAAGAGUUGGUGAAGAAAGUUGAAGCUGAUCAAACAAAGAUUGAUAUUUUAAAAGUUCGCGUUGCCGAGCUUGAAGAAGAAAAGAAUCGGCGUGAUGAUCAAAAUGAAUACUUCAAGCUUAAAAACAAAGAGCUUGCCGCAGCUAAAGCUUUAAGAGAUCACGAGUUCUAUAUGCUGAACAGAGUAGUAGAAAGCAUGCUUGGAACUUCUGUGAAUCAAAGGUUUGAAGAAUUGAAAGUUGAAGACCUUCGAGCUGAACGUCAAGCUGAAAUAGAAAGGCAGAUGAAGGAGAAAUGUAACAACUCUCAUUAAAAUUAAUAAUUAGAAUAAUAAUUAGUCGAUAAGGAAACCCUAAUUGAGACA